AAAGUUGCGGAAGGAAUGCAAUGAUGCAUAUCAAAAGCAGUCCCACUACACCGUUGGCUGGUGAGAAGCGGCCCAAGCCUGAUAAGAGAGAACAAACAGCUCAGCAAGAAUCACGCAAGGUGUCCAGUUUCAUUCAACGGUUCUAUCUGUUUGGCAACAACACAAGUACCCCGUUAAGUGGUACUCCGGAGCCAGAACCCGAAGCGCCAAAGGUUAAGAAGGCGAAAGGUCCCGAGCAACAGCAAACGGUGGACGUUAAGUGUGAUCGAAGGGGUGAACUACGGUCUUCUAGUUCUGAGAGCACCGCUGGGACGCAGUCAUCAUCCGAUGCAUCUGAAGAAUCGAGUCCUGUGCAGUAUCCUUCCUACAGUGUACAGCGGUUAAGACAGUUUUGGAACAAUCGGCUACUGACGGGAUCGAAUCCACCAACAUCUGUAUCAGGAUCUUCCAUCGAUACGUUGGUAAGAAAAGCGAAAAGUGCCACAAUCGGAGCGCCAACUGGUGCAGCUGCUCGAACUGUCCUAAGAAAGUCACCAUCACCGAAACCUGGCACAAGAUUCCAACGCAACGGUUCGAUUACUCGUUCGGGAAGGCGGCGAGUAACGUUAGACGGUUCUGAUAGUGCCCGUACCGGGUCGAACGUUACAAGUCUUCGAUGCACACAAGCACCGAAGCGAACCUCCCAGGCGGCACUGCUUAGUCCUGAUCGUGAAGGGCAGCGUACGCUGGUAGAAAAACGACCGUGUGUAGGUUCACCGACAGUGGCGUCCGGAUCUACUUUGAGAGACUCAUUCCCUCUCGCUGUAUCUACCCCAACCGGUAGCCAAAUCCAUUGGGCACGGCGAACGGAACUGCUGAGGAUUCGUGCUCUGUCCAAGGAGGAAAAGAAACAGCAUAACAAAAUGCCUCUUCGAGUUGAGAAUUACGUAAACAAUUACAUCGAUGUGGACAUACAGAGUGUUGGUGAGCAGGACGGGUCGGCAAAGAAAGCGCAACCUGCGGUCCAAGAGCCACCAAAAGAUGUCGUUGAGAAGCUUCCGCCGAUGUUCCAAGCGGCUCCAUUACCAACUCUCGUAACACGACAACCCAACACAUCUUCUUUGGGACGUAAGGGAAAUACUCCAACGCGUAAGAUAAGCUUCUUGAACAAUAUCUCACCGUACAAUCGGAAGCUGUUGGCCUGCAAUGGGACGAAAGUGGCCGCAUUGACGAGUAAAUUUAACCAAAUGAUCCAGCAAGACGCCGCAUUGCUGGAACAGGUUCAGAAACGUGGCGGAUACCUACACAAGUGCGGUAAUGUGGCAUACAAAGUAAUCGAAGACCCCGGAAGCGAUGGAGGAUAUGGAUUCGCGUCGUCGGGACGUAAUAGUGGUGCGAGAAGUAGCUUGAGGAAGAAAAAUUCCAACGCUUCCGCUACCUCAGGCGGUGGUGCAGCUGCUUGUGGCAACCGAACCGACGAAAGCUCGGACGAAAUUUCAUCUGUAUCGAGCAAGAAUUCGUCGAUCCGUAAAACGGGACUUCGGAAGCGGCCCAGUCUGAGGAAGAACAUCUAUCGACGGCCGGAUUGGGAAGCGGGACGAAGCUCGCUCGGUGUGCGGAAAGUGUUGGAAAUGUUCGAGCCCAACCUGCAUCAUGCACGUGGCAAGCGCACGGAGACUGGUGAUACGGGCAAACCUCCACCAGGACGGAACAGCAAACCGAAAGUGCCGGAUAAAAGCGAGCAGGUGUUGCAGAAAACGAAGGACAUUAAGUCGAAAAAGGUUGCAAGUGAGGGAGUGGAAGGAAGUAGUAAAAAGACGCGGAAAGAUCCAACACUGGCGUCGGGUGAGACGCGAGAGAUGUCGGAGCAAACUGUUGUAGAUGGCGGAAACCAAGUAUUAAUUAAUGAAAAAGCGCAGAUAUAUGUCUCCGGAGAAUAUAAUACAUUGAAUAACAGCCAGGAAAUGAUUGUCAUACCAAAGCUAACUAGUGCUCAGGAUGAAGAAAAAGGCGAUGCAUCGAAAGUUCAACAUUCGUUUCAAGAUCAACCAUCCAGCAAAGUCUCUUCAGACCAACCAAAUGCCACGGACUUAAGUGAUACGGAAGAAAGUAGGGACAAUCAACAAUCAACUGAGGAUAAUAGCUUUGGCGAGCUUUAUUCAACAGCUGCUUCGUACGAUCGAAUAGAUUUUGAAGAAACUAUUGCAUCACACGCCAAUGUCACGGAGAUAAUUGCAGUUGUCCCAGUUGAUGAAACUACCGAGAAGGAUAAGAGCAGAAACUCUGUAUCGAGGGUUCACGAGCGUCUUACGUUCCGAACGUCUAAAAAAUCCUCAACGGAUAUGUGUUCUCCUGUAAGCGAAAUCCCGGAUGAGAAUACACUCCAAUCGGAGGAUGAUAGUAGUAGCUUCAGUCAGCAAUAUGCAACUUACAGUUCGAUAGAAAAAGGCAACAAAAACACAGCUGUGACACCUGUCUAUGAUGAUUCUAUUGCUGCACCACCAAAGGAAAUCAAAGAGAAAAAGAAAAGCAGAAGUACCGUAUCUAAAAUUUACGAACGCUUGACAUUUCGAUCGUCCAAAAAGAUAGUGCCGCCGGCCGAGAAAUCCGAUGAGCUAGUAAUCAUAAGAGAAGAGGACAGUAUUAGAAAAGCCACCGGACUGCGACGAUCGUUUGUGUCAUCGAUCGAAAUCCCAACAAUGCAAUUAGAUCCAUCUCCAUCGCUUCCUUCACCAAGGCAGCCAACACCGCCGGAAGCAACGAUCGAACAGGAUAAUUCGGAACAGAAGAUCCUUGAUGCGAUCAGUGCCGUUAGUCAGAGAAUUGAUAAUCUGUCGAAAAGUUUCAACGAUUUAACGCUUACCGAUGUGGCGGACCUCGAACAGGCGAGUACUUCACCAAGUGCCGCCGGAGACAAUGUACAGCAAAUGCGGCCGAACGCGUCCUUUCUUUUCCGUGGCAUGGGAGCGGGAGUGCCAGGAUUUGGUGAUAAGGAAAGUAGACACGCCAGCCAACGGAACAUCGUCGAAGCAGUCAAUACGGUCGUUAUCAACAAAUCCAUUUCGAUGGAUGAUCAUCAUUUUCCGUGUGCGCGUGGUGAGACGGGCAGGAUAAGUCUGAACGAACGAACCCGCGUGCAGCGUUCUAUCGACGAUGAUUACGAGCUCGUCACACGACCUGAGGAGAAGUUUCUACCAACGAUUGGGUCGGCGUUCUGCUCCACUCCCUCAAUUACAAUCGAUUUGUCGGAGCUUACUAGCAAAAUUGAGUCUUUCGUUCACAAAUCGAAGCGAGAAUCGGAUAACAUUUACCAGAGCAUUCCAAGAAAAUCUUCUGCCGAGAGUAAGGGUCAUCUCCUGCCAGAAGACGCCAUUAGUGUUAACAGUUACGAAUCGUUCGAAAACUAUGAAUCGAUCGAGCAUGAGAUAUUGUCUAGCACGCGGAAACAAAACGCCGAAGAAGCAUCGCAUGAGGAAGACACGUACGAGAUCUGUAGUCCACCACCGGAGCUACCACCCGCCCGGGAAGAUAAUCGAAACGAUUUAACCCUACCCCAACCAAAGCGCAAUCUGUCCACCUCACCCAAAACAUUGCCCAAACACCUGCAGGUGACCUAUCAGUCUAACUACGAGCGGAUCAAGUACAGCAAAAUCCCGCCAAGACCACCGAAACCGCAAGAGAUCCCACUGCCACCGCGUAACAAUUCCACUACAAACAUUGCCACCCCGGCGAACGCCUUGCUGGAAAGUACUUGCUCCACGGAGACAGCACCGAGUCCGGGUGGAGAUUUGCUGGACAAAUCACCCCACGGACGGGAGAGCAUUUACGAGGAGAACAUCUACGACACGAUCCGCAGUGCGGACGACGGUGUCGACUAUGACGAUCCGGCGUGCGGUGGUAGUUCCGCCGAGAUGGAAGGACCCGCCCAACCGACCACCAGCAACCCACCAAGCAGAGGCAAACCACCGUCACGUGCGAGAGAGCAGCCACCCUCUCCACCGGCGGACAAUGUAUCGCUCGUAUCGUCCAACUGCUACGAGUCGAUCGGUUCACGGUUGGAAUACGAACGGAAUCUGACGCUCACGCGACGCAACAUGGCCGGUGGUUCGACAACGACGCUGGCGUCCGACCAAAUCACCAACAGCCUGUACGGUACCACGACCGGACUGGCAAGCUUAACACCACCAAGUGAACGUGGUAGUGACACAAGCAACAGUGCCGACUGGACCGACAUCUCCGACGAGGAUGAGACGGAGUGUGCUGACCUGGUGGUGGCGCCCGGGAUGUCCGGAUCGAAGCGACCGAACUUUAUCGUUGUGCGGGAGCGCAAGCGGACUCAUCAAACACCGUUAAGGUCACGGAAACUGGCUCGUAUCUCGCACCCGAAGAUAGACGACGAUUCCGAUCACCACUAUGAAUCGCUGUACUCGAUCGGUUCGAACGAAGAUCGUUUACAGCAGCACGAUGCAAGCUACAGCACGUCGCCACACCACGCCGACGGAUCGAGCAGCGUGGGGUCAAACUUUCAUCAACACCGAACCGGCGAUCCAACCGCCGCCAUCCUUCUCCCCAACGACGAUGAGUUCGAUUCGUUCGAUAGUGACGACACUGAGGAGGACUACGAAGAUGACGAUGAAGAGCGUAGCCGUGCUAGGACGGACAGUGGAGUGGAUAUACGGAAUGCCAAGCUGCCCGAUCCACCACCAUCCAGCAGCCAGGUGUACGUGCUGGUACAGAAGAUCAAGAAUCUCGGCACACUGUCGGAGAUCGCGAAAAGCUUCCACAAGCUAUCGAAGAAAAAAACAACCAAAGGCGCAACGUACGAAAACGCUCCGACCCCGAAGCAUCCCGGCAAAGGUACCAAAACUUCCUCCAAAUCGUUCAAACUACCGAUCCCUUUAGUCAGCGGUGGCGGUGGUGGUGGUGUGGUGCCGAAACCACCGCCCGAGGACUACGAAAAUGCUCCGUACCCUGGGUCGGGUGGCACACAAGCGGUGCUGCCUGGUUCGUCCUUGCUGCUAGCUUCUUCGCAAUCGUUAUCCUCAGUGGCCACGUCUAAUUCGCCGUACGCGGCCAUCUCUAGUCCGCUUGUGCAGGAGCAAUCGCUCGGCGGCUCGUCUUCCACCGGCGUACGCAGCACAAGCGAAUCAAGCAACGUAAGCAGUAACGUGCCGAAACCACACCAGGGUGGUAGCGCGCCGACCGAUGCGGCCGGGACCCGCAAAAAGUCCAAGAAUACCAAAUCGCUGCGCUCGAAGCUGCGCAAAAGCCUUGUGUCCGAUUCGACGAGUCUCAACAUCGGCAGCUCGUUCAAUGGGUCGCGCAGCACGUUUUACGUGACGUCGGCGGAUGUUGAUUCGGGUAUAUUUAACGGUUCCGAGGGUUGCCUCAAUCCACAAUCUACUAGCAGUUGCACGGGCAUGUCUCAGUCGGAGAUGAUGGGAUCUUCGAAAGCGAUGGAAGAUAAUAGGAGAAAAUCGAUUGCCUCGGCCACCGGUACCACGUGUCACCAUCGGCCAAAGAUUCCACCGCCACCACCGCCGGGCGAGGCAAGUAAGAGGAUGAGUGUAUCAUCGUCGCUAUCUCCACUGUUGGUGAGCAACAAGUCGUCGAAUAAAAAGCUUGGAGCCACCUCGUGGUAUGCAGAGUGUGGCGUCUUUAAGCAGCCACAUUCGUUCGGUACGGGUAGUGAUCAAUCGCUGAGCGGUGGCAAGGGCGGUAGCAUUAGUCCUCGAAGUUCACUGCCUCCGAAGGACGGUGUUGGUGGCGGUGGUGGUGGAGGCGUGCCUGCCGAUCGAACACUAAUCAACAAUGGUCACACAUCAUCCUCGUGGUACGCGGACAUCUACCAAACCAGCGGAGCAUCGGUGGCCAGUUCGAGUGAAAGUUCCGGCGUUUCUACCGGUGGAGAAGGAGGACCCGGUGACGAUCAUUCGCACAGCAUGUUCGUUAAUGAGCCGCUGUACCAGAUCUACAAUGCAGCCAAGCUGGAAUCGAUCACACGGGACAUCGAUGCGGAGAUAAGUGGCCGCACGGAAUCAGAGCUGUAUGAUGAUGGGUAUGAGAAGAUUGCGGAACGAAAUCGUCGACGAACUGCUGGUGCAGGAGAAGGUGACGAGGGUGGUUCGACGAGCUCGGGAAGUUCGUCCACGGAGGGUGACGAUCGUAGCGACGAGUCAUCCAUGCACCUUCGAAAGCCUUCACGCCCAACCGCACUCGAACUGAUCGAACCUCACAUCGGUAAGCUGCGUACUCUUUGGUGCGAGGUACCUGAGGUUCGGAACUCAGAAAUUCUAGCCACCCUUACACCAACGGAGAAACGUCUGCAGGAAGCAAAGUUCGAGAUACUAACCUCCGAAGCGUCCUACCUUAAAUCACUCAACCUUCUCCGGACGCACUUUGUCAACCAUCCUGCAUUUCGGGACACACGCAUACUGAGCUCCGCGGAACGGAAGACACUCUUCUCCUCCAUCAUUCCGGUGCAAGAGUGUUCCGAUCGGUUGCUGUGUGAUCUGGAAAACUGUUGGCAGGACAAUAUUAUGCUGCUCGGAUUAAGCCACAGCAUCUACAAGCAUGCCGAGAAGCAUUUCCACGUGUAUGUGACAUACUGUGAGCAUCAGGCAAAGAUCGAUCGGACGCUGAAGACGCUGCGUGCGAACAAGCCUGAAUUUGCCCGUACGCUUACCGCGCUCGAGUCGGACCCGGUCUGCUGUAGCCUUAGUUUGUCCUCCUUCCUGAUGUUACCGAUGCAGCGAAUUACGCGCAUGCGGUUGCUGCUGGAUGCGGUUCUACAGCGUUGCCAUCCGGAAGAUGAUGAUGAGUUUAGUAGUUGGGAAAGUACGUUCGUGCUGAUCAAUCGGAUACUGACGCAGUGUAACGAUGCGGCCCACCGCAGCGAACAGCUGUACGAGAUGGAGCUGCUAUCGCGCCAGAUAGAGUUCCCGACCAAUGUGCGCCCGUUGGCGAUUGUGCCGUGUGGAAUCGGUGCCGCUCCUAGCACUAUGCACAGGAAGCUGGAGAAGCGAGGCGAGCUGGUGCAUAUGCUGUGGCGAGGCGAUGAUGCGAAGCUCACGUUUGGCAAAAAGUUCUCCAAGAGUAAUGUGUACGCGUUCCUGUUUACCGAUCUGCUGGUGUUGACCAAAAAGAAAAGCGAUGAAAGCUAUCUUGUGAUCGAUUACUGUCAACGGGCAUUGUUAACGGUCAGUUCGGGUGACAUCGUGCCCGGAUUGCCGGCGAAGGAGAUGCAAACGCUCGGUAAAAAUCUCAUCAUCAUGACACUGUUGGAGAACCACGAGGGCAAGACGAUAGAAAUGAUUCUAAGCUGCCCGUCCGAGACGGAACGCGAACGUUGGCUGAUGGUGACGGAACCGCCGGCAUCGGAAAAUCCGGACGAGAAAAUCUACGAACAGUGGGACUGUCCGCAGGUAAUAGCAGUCCAUCCCUACCAAGCGCUGCAACCCGACGAACUCGAUCUCGACAUUAAGGACGUAGUGAACGUACAUCGCAAGAUGGCGGACGGUUGGUACGAAGGUGAACGGAUCCGCGACGGUGCCGUCGGUUGGUUCCCGAGCAACUACACGAAGGAGAUCCCGUCGGCACACAUACGGGCGAAGCACAUUAAGCAGCGCCACCUGCUACUAACGUACACAUCCAAGUACAUCGACACUGCCACGAAAGCUCAUCAGCACCUUCAUCAUUCGAAUCAUCAUCACCAGCAACAUCACCAGCAGCAUCAUCAUCAGCAGCAGCAGCAACAUCAAUUGCCACACCAUUAUCAUCCGCAUCACGGCAAAAAGUGAUUCAGGCCGUACUUAGAAUAUAGAGCGCAUUUGAGUUUUGAAGUUGUACAUGAAAUCUAGGCUG